AUGGAGCUUCCCUCGCAGCCUAACCUGCGGGUGACCAUCAUCGCCGCGGAUGGCCUGUACAAGAGAGAUGUCUUCAGAUUCCCGGAUCCCUUCGCAGUUGCGACCAUCAGUGGCGAACAAACGAGGACCACCGGUGUCAUCAAAAAGACCCUCAACCCCUACUGGAAUGAGAGCUUUGAUAUGCGAGUUACAGAAGAGAGCAUACUAGCAGUGCAGAUCUUUGACCAAAAGAAGUUCAAGAAGAAGGACCAGGGCUUUCUCGGUGUCGUCAAUGUCCGCAUAGGCAGUGUUAUCGACCUCGAUGCCGGCGGUGAUGAGAUGAUUACGAGGGAUCUCAGGAAAUCCAAUGAUAACCUUGUGGUCAACGGCAAGCUCAUCUUGAACCUCUCGACCAACCUGCGAGCGCCCAUCGCGAACGGCAGCAGUAACUCUACUCGGCCAUCGAACUCAUCCGCUGGACCAUCCACGAACGGAGCACAUACGCCCUCUACGCCGGUCGGUGCCCAGCCCACCGCUUCCCUCGCUGCCGAUCGCCCUACCAGCAAUCCCGGAUCCGCGGCGGCUUCUCGUCAAAAUACCAAUACCGCCAUGCCAGCGCCCAGUGGUGCUCCCAAUGGCGCGCCAACCCCGGCCAGACAAAAUCAGUCCGGCUUUAGUGCAUUUGAAGAUGCUCAAGGGAGACUGCCACCUGGAUGGGAAAGACGUGAGGAUAAUCUGGGCAGAACAUACUAUGUGGAUCACAACUCGCGACAGACGACAUGGAUUCGCCCCACCGCGAACUACAAUGCUGGUGAACAGAGAGCACAAAUGGAGCAGCAGCAACAGGUGGAGAGAACAAGACAUCAGGCGAGAAUGUUGCCGGAAGACCGUACCGGUGCUAACAGCCCAACGCUGUCAGACCGACAAGGCUCGCCCUCUCACACUCCCAACCCGUCUAAUGCGAACAGCGCCAACGCUGCACAAAUGGUAGCUACCGGGGCCACUACCGCUGGAACGGGAGAACUGCCAGCUGGCUGGGAGCAACGCCAUACUCCGGAGGGCCGAGCUUACUUUGUUGACCACAACACGCGCACGACAACAUGGGUCGACCCUAGGCGUCAACAGUACAUAAGAAUGUACGGUCAGAACGCUACUGGGAACAGCACCAUUCAGCAACAACCAGUGUCGCAACUUGGGCCCUUGCCGAGCGGAUGGGAAAUGCGGCUUACGAACACCGCGCGGGUUUACUUUGUGGACCAUAAUACUAAGACGACAACAUGGGACGAUCCAAGAUUACCGUCAUCCUUGGAUCAGAAUGUGCCUCAGUACAAGCGUGACUUUAGGCGCAAGCUGAUCUACUUCAGAUCACAGCCUGCGUUGAGGAUAUUGUCUGGCCAGUGCCACGUCAAGGUCCGCCGUACGCAUAUUUUCGAGGACUCGUAUGCGGAGAUUAUGCGUCAAAGCCCGAAUGAUCUCAAGAAGAGGUUGAUGAUCAAGUUCGACGGUGAAGACGGUUUGGAUUAUGGUGGUCUUUCCAGAGAGUUCUUUUUCCUUCUUUCUCACGAAAUGUUCAACCCCUUCUACUGUCUCUUCGAAUACUCGGCACACGACAACUACACUCUUCAGAUCAACCCUCACUCUGGUAUUAACCCAGAGCAUCUCGGGUACUUCAAAUUCAUUGGCCGAGUCGUCGGCCUGGCCAUCUUCCACAGGAGAUUCUUGGAUGCAUUCUUCAUUGGAGCUUUCUACAAGAUGAUCUUGAAGAAGAAGGUUUCUCUGCAAGACAUGGAGGGUGUCGAUGCCGAGUUCCACCGAACACUUACCUGGUCGAUGGAGAACGACAUCACCGAUGUCAUCUACAGCACUUUCUCCGUUGAGGAUGAAAGAUUUGGAGAGAAGGUCACCGUCGACCUGAAGCCUGGUGGCAGGGACAUCGAGGUGACGAAUGAGAACAAGAAGGAGUACAUUGACCUCAUUACGGAAUGGCGAAUCCAGAAGCGUGUCGAGGAGCAGUUCAAUGCCUUUGUGGCUGGUUUCCACGAGCUUAUCCCCGCAGACCUGGUCAACGUCUUCGACGAGCGUGAGCUGGAGUUGCUCAUUGGUGGUAUUGCAGACAUCGAUGUCGAUGACUGGAAGAAGCACACGGAUUACCGUGGAUACACGGAGAACGACGUUGUUAUCCAGAACUUCUGGAAGUGCAUUCGCAGCUGGGACGCAGAACAAAAGUCCCGUCUCUUGCAGUUCGCUACCGGUACAUCGCGUAUCCCCGUCAACGGUUUCAAAGAUCUCCAAGGAUCAGACGGACCUCGCAGAUUCACCAUCGAGAAGUCCGGCGAGGAGACGCAGCUACCCAAGUCACACACUUGCUUCAACCGCUUGGAUCUUCCCCCCUAUAAAUCAUUCGACGCUCUUAACCAGAAGCUCACGUGGGCCGUGGAGGAGACGGUCGGGUUCGGCCAGGAGUAA